UGGGGCGGGGAAGGGUUGCUUUGCUGGCCCGCCGGAGGCCCCUUCGUCUCCGCCGCAACCUCCGCCUCCUCCCUCCACCCCUCUCCUCCUCCUGUCAAUGCGGGGCCUCUCUCUGUGACCCCCUCGCUUUCUCUUUUUAACCCACCCAUCUCUCCCACCCCCUUUCUCUGUUUUAUAGGGGGUUCCUGCCAGUAGCUCCGAGAGGUGAAGGGGACUGGCUAGUGCAGUUAGAGAGGGGAAAGAUUAACUCUCUUCACCUGUGGGGUAGGCGAUGUGUAUCUCUGCCUGUGGGGUAGGAACGUGCCCUUGGGCACUUGAGUUCAGAGGCGUACUGUCCUUGGGGUGGCAAGAGCCAUGGGUGUGCCGUACACCCUGCCUUAUAUUCUUUUCUCUUUGUACACCUUUCUCUGUCGCAUGCACACACAACCUUGUGUAUAGGGCUAUGGGCACCCCAGUACAGUACUUGGUAGCUGCUAUCGCUAUUUGCUGUGGCGACUAAAUGGACCUCAAAGCAAUACCGUUCUUAUAUUCACUGUGCUAGCUGAUUGUACUUCUUGCCCUGAAAUGGGCUUGCGGGUGGGAAUCUGCUAAACUUAAAUCUGCUAAACUUAUUUAAGUGCAUCUUGGGGAUGGUUGACAGUUGGGCAGCGUUAGAUUAAUGGUAGGAGCUGUGUGUGUUUUGCCACUGGGCUAAUGGCUUUGCUGAUGUCCAGGUUGGAUGCAUUUUGCUGAGUAGUGGUAAAAAAAAAUGUCUGGCUGCAGAAGUGCUGGGAUCUGUUAUACAUGCACAGCAAACCAUCUCCCCCCCCCAACCCCAAAUAUAAUCGGUAUUGUGUAGCUGGGAGGCAGGACGAUUAAUGAUAUCUGAGAUAAAACACUGCUACGGUAGGGAAGCUAGAGGCAUGCUGCUGCCUUGGAGUACUGCAGUGUUCUGCUUCUCUGUAGGUAGCAGCGCUUCUACCUGUGCCGUGUUGAUCUGAUCAGAUCAAGGAGAAUGGAAAUGUGAGACUUGGCUACUGGCUUUUGGCAGAAUUGUAGCAUAUCAGCUUGAAUAUUGGCAAUGAUAGGACCUUGUGACUUCAGCCAAAUAUUAUUUAUGAGCAAGCUUUGAAAAUAACCAUUUCUCAUGGCUACACAUCUCUGGUUUCAAUGUUGGCUGUUCUAAGAUGUACUUUGUAGUAGGACUUAAGAUGCUUGAAGCUUGGAUUGCACUAUGUAUAAAAGGCUUUAAAGAGGGGAAGGGGUGUUGAGUUGUCAAGUAAAAAACGUGCAAUGUCUUACUUUGUUAGGGUUGUGUUCACCUGGUUAAAGAAGUGAUACUUCAGUUAUGCAAGUGUGUUCAGACCAGACCUGCCAGGUUUUCUGUUCAAGGUGCUGCUGCAAACUGCCCUUGAGCUUGGGGAAGGGGUGGAGGAGCACAACUGCACUACGUUCUGUGAACUGAUAUUUGCUGUCUGUUCCUACUUUGCUUGGACAGAAAUCUUUGCUGUUACUUUCAGUUACUGCAGUUAUUUAAAACAAACUGACCAUGAAUUUCUCCCACUGAACUUGUGUGCCUAUAUUGGCAGCUUUUACCAGAAGCUAAAUCAGGCUGCCUUUUGAUCUUCAAACCUAGCUACAGUACUUCCAAAUCCUCUCUGUUGCCUACACACUUCCCCUCUCUUUCUUGAAAAGUGCAUUGUUUUGCAAAUACAUUUGUGUUGAGAAUUGUUUUGCAAAUGCAUUGUUGUACAUAUAUGGAAAAUAUCCACCACUGCACAGGCACUGCACAAGUGCAGGUUUGUAUGCAACUUUAAGAUGUUAAUGAUAACUUUCAUAGCUAUUCACUCUCUUCUACGGUAUUGCAGUGGUGCUAGGCUGCAUCUUGAGGUAAGGUUUGUGGUUUGGUGACUAAUCAUCCUCUUUAUCCAGAAACAGCAUAAUACUAUCUUUCUUGGGAAACAUAUCUGUGUUAGGGAGAAGUUGGCUAACGAGACUCCAGAAGCAGAGUUACUAGACUUCUCAUUUCUCAGACUUAUUCUUGGCAUCCAGAUAUGUUGGAAGUUGUGCUAAACUGUGUAAUGGCUCUCCAUCUUCAUAUUUCCCCAAACAGCAAGUGAAGAUCAUUUUAACUAGAGCUUUUCAUCCAAGGAGAAGAGUGAUUCUAUGUGAAAGCUUUGUCUUAAAAUAUGAACACAAAGCACAGCACAUGAGCAUUGCAUGUGGGUAUAUUUACACAAAUGUGUCCAUCUUCGGUCACUGUCCUAGGGCUCCUCACCCAAGAACCUCUUUUGUAUACAAGAAAUAAUUCCACACUUCUGAGCCACAGACUCUUGGUAGCAAUCUAGGCUUGGGCUUGUGGAACUGUGAAAGUCAUGCAUCACCUGUGGCAUCGGUCUUAUGAUAAAUGAGAGAGAUGGGUGGUUGACGCUUCAAUUCUCUUUUAACCUCUGAUUUGUUUACAUCUUCAAGAGAUGAAGGCAAGUUCAGGGGUUAUCUCAGAAUAAUUGAUAAUGUAAUCAGACUUGUUUUCUAUUGAUUGCAGUAGUAAAUGCCAUGAGUUGAUGACUUUGCUAGUAGUGCUUUGACAUUAAAAGAUUUGUAACAAAUUUGUCUUGUAGGAUGAGAAGCUGCAAGAUAUGUUGAAUUGUAACUUUUAGUGCAGAGCUUUCACCAUGUUUUUUAACUUCGUCUUGCAGCGGCAAAAUAAUUUUUCUAGAUGCAGUACUUCUAAAUACAUAAUAGACUACUUGGGACAUGUAAAGUGUUAACUUAGAAGCAGCCUGAUCUGGUAAGAAUGGGGCCAUAGGGCUAGACUUGUAAAAGAUAAGGUAAGUUAAUUUGAAAAAGGAAUUUAAAAGUCAUUUAAAAAGAUUAGCAAUGAUCUGGCUGUCUCCCUCAUAGCUUUAACUUCUUUUUAAACUCUACCAGACUGAGCAGCUUUUGUAAGAUACUAAUGUUGAAGUCAUACUGAAUACAUUGAAACCAUAGCUGCCAAGUUAUCCCUUUUUUACAGGGAUUUUCCCUUAUGCUGAAUAGGCUUCCUCGCGAGAAAAGCGAAAACUUGGCAGCUAUGAUUGAAACCACAAGUGAAAAGUGUAAAAUCUGAAGAGAAACCAGAGUAUGUGUAAAAUUAAAGAAAUUGCAGAAACAUGUUCGUAACUAAACUUGCAGAAGAACUGAAAAUAUGGUUUUGAGUCCUCUUACUUUUGUAAGUGCAUGUGUUGGGAUGACGGUUCUUUUAAAUGAUCAAAGCGUUAUAGGCAAUGCUGGAAAAAUAUAUUUCAAAUUCCUAAGCCAGUUUGAGCUUUAUAUAUUUUUAGAUGCCAUACUUGGGAAAAUAUGUUAUGGCUCAUCUCCCCACUCCUACAGAUUCUAUACCUUUUGUAGGUACAGUAUUGUUAGAUUCCUGCAUCUUUGUCUAGUCCUGGGCAUAAGGGAAAGUAAAUACUAGGAGUAAUAGAAAGGCAUUCGCCAUUUGUGUGUGUGUAGGCUUUGAACAGUGCAUAACUGUGUUCUGUGUUUGUCUACAGCUUCAUUGGAACCUGUGCAGAGUAUCUUGGGUGGAGAGGAGUCCUCUCAUUCAUCCCAUUAGGCACAGAAAAUUGCUACUUGGAAAGUGGGUAGAGCAGAGUCUCUUCUGCCCUUGCUAAGAACUGAUUGCAACAUUUUUAUAAACUCCAUGAUCUGUGGAAUUAUAAAAGUGUUUCAAACAAGCAGCUUUCCCCGUAGGUAAGGACCAUAUACCAGUAAUAGAAAACUCUUCUUUGCCUUCAUUUUCAAAAACAAAAACAAAAAACAGCUAUUUAUUAAAAAUAAACAUAGUGCUAUUGUUCCUAGUCAAUGAGUUUUUUUUUUGUGUGUGUGUGUGUGUGUGUAUAGCAAUGGUAUGAUCACAUUUUCAUGCUAUAUUCUCUUGGGGGUAGAGCUAACUUUUCUGCUUAGAAAUGCUUGACCAAAUGGCUCGGAGCAGAAGUAAUUUGUAAUUUACCCACACACUCCAACACGUUGGCAGUGUGUGCUUAAAAUAAGCUUCUGAGCUUUCACCAUCAACUACUACUAGCUCAUGGAGCACCUAGCCUGAUAGAUAUGCAGAUCAUGCAAGUGCAGAUUGGCACAAGGCCAAAACAAUAUUGACUUUCCAUUUUGAGCAAGAAGAAUUAUUUCAGGGUGAGGAUGCUUUCCUCAGAAUACAGCUGGGCAUUACAAGAUAGAUAAUCUUUUGUUCCAAGCCCAUUAAUUUCAGAUGCUGACAGCAUCACUAAUAGACUUUUAUUUUUAGGAGACUAUGAAAACAGCCUGGGCUUCAAACUUGAAUAUAAGAACGAAAAAGGUUAGAAUUCAUUUGUAACACAGUGUGGGUAGACCUAACUUUUAGGUUGGCUCUUUGCUUUGGUUUGAGGGUUUUAUGUGGCCCCAGGUUUGUAAUGCUGGAGAAUGGACCAUAUUCCUGUUCUACCUCUCCCAGUAAUGCUAUGUCUUAAGCCCUUUGUAAGGACGUGGGUGGCACUGUGGUCUAAACCACAGAGCCUAGGGCUUGCCGAUCAGAAGGUCAAAUCCCCGCAACGGGGUGAGCUCCCAUUGCUCAGUCCCUGCUCCUGCCAACCUAGCAGUUCAAAAGCACAUCAAAGUGCAAGUAGAUAAAUAGGUACUGCUCCAGCAGGAAGUUAAACGUCGUUUCCAUGCACUGCUCUGGUUCGCCAGAAGCGGCUUAGUCAUGCUGGCCAUAUGACCUGGAAGCUGUCUGCGGACAAAUGCCGGCUCCCUCGGCCAGUAAAGUCAAAUGAGCGCCACAACCCCAGAUUCGUCUGCGACUGGACUUAACGGUCAGGGGUCCCUUUACCUUUAAGCCCUUUGUAGGCCUCACUCCCCAUCUUGGUGGUAUGGGGAAUGGAGCCACCUAUAAAGUGAAAUAUUAUGUAACACAUAGACUGUCCCUGCUAUUCGAGACCAAGGCCUUAGAGUACUUCGUGCAGCUCUAGCACAAUGUGACUUACCUGCUGCUCUCCUAUAAUACCUCAGUCAGCUAACUAACUUUGGGUUGACUAACUUUGGGUUUAGCCCUGAAAAUGUGAGGACAUGCAAGCACCCUACAAUUUUCAAAGUGCUCUGACUUAACUGAGUGAGAAAACGGAUCAAGGGGGUGGAACAGCUGCCCUGUGAGGGGAGGUGGCAGCAUUUGGUCAUUUCAGUUUAGAGGAAAGGCAAUUAAGAAGUGAUAUGAUAGAGGUAUAUAAAAUUAUGCCUGGUGUGCGGAAAGUAGAUAGAGGGAACUUUUACUCUCUCUCAUAACAUUAGAAUUCAUGGACAUGAAAAAAUGCAGCACAUAGUUAAACUUUGGAAUUUGCUCCCACAGGAGGCAGUGAUGGCAACCAACUUGGAUGGCUUUAAAAGAGGAUUAGACAAAUUCAUGAAGGAUUAGGCUAUUGCUGGCUACUACCUACCCAUAAUGGCUAUGCUCUGCCUCCAUGGUUGAAAGUUAUAAGCUUCUGAACGCAAAUUGCAGGAACCCACAGGAGGGGAGAAUGCUCUUGCACUCAGAGCCUGCUUGCCAGCGUCCCUUAGGAAUCUGGUUGGCCACUGUGACAACAUGAUGCAGCUGGUUGAGAUGAGCCACUGGCCUGAUCCAGAAGGCUCUUUUUACAUUCUUAAUGGGGGGGGGGGGAAUACGUCUUUCAGGCCAAACUGUAGGAAGAUCUUCUCUUGUGCUGUGCCAUGUUGGCUAGAUUACAGGGCUAUAGAUCUGGUUUGCAUUCUUCUCAAUGGAAAUCCGAUGUGUAGAACUCCAGGAUUGGCUUGUUCUGAAUUUCUAAAAGCUAUUUCAGGGACUGCCAAUAUCAUAAAAGCUGGGCCAUCCAAAACAGGAUUGAAAUCAUUCGAUGCAUUAUGUGGAUACAUUUAGUAAUGCUAACCGUCAGUCAUAAUAGUUGAAGACACAGUUAAGAUGUCAGGUAAGAUAUAAUGUUAAUGCAUUCUACAAUACCUGCCAAUUUAUUGCCCAAUUCACUCAGUUUGCCGAGAGCUCCGAAAAGGAGCUCUUGAAUCCAUUUCUGCAGCCUCUUUGAAUAAUUGGGUGGUGUUUGCAAACUUGGGUCAUGAGAUACAAGUUAUCAAUCUGUAGGAGGACUUGUUCUCUUAUCCUAUGAAUGUUUCCUCAGGAGCCUUUGAGAGCUUCUCUCAAAAGCUUUUUGAACAUUUAAGUAUACAAUGUCCACUGGCUCACACCUGUCCAUAUGCUUGGCACACUCCCCACAAAUGCUAAAAUGUUCAUAAGACAGGACUUACCUUUGCAGACGCCAUGUUGAUUCUUUUCCGUUAAGAUUAAUUCUUAUGUAGGCUUGGCUAUAUCACAAUUCAUGUUACCGGUAUCUUUAACAUAUUCCCCAAUCUACCCGAAACAGAUAUCAAGCAAAUUGACUUGCACCUUCCUGGAUUCUGGUCCCCUAAUCUUUAAAAACUAGUGUUACAUUUGUGUUAUCCAGUCCUCUGGUACAAAGACCAAUCUUUGAUGAGUGGUAACCACCUGCUUGAUUAAGUUUGAUUAAGUCGGGACGUGGGUGGCGCUGUGGGUUAAACCACUGAGUCUAGGGCUUGCUGAUCAGAAGGUCGGCGGUUCAAAUCCCCGUGACGGGGUGAGCUCCCGUUGCUCGGUCCUAGCUCCUGCCAACCACAUGACCUGGAAGCUGUACGCCGGCUCGCUCGGCCAAUAACGCGAGAUGAGUGCCACAACCCCAGAGUCGGUCACGACUGGACCUAAUGGUCAGGGGGUCACUUUACCUUUAACUACCUGCUUGAUUAAGAUGGCUUGGCAUUACAUAAAUGGGCUUCAUGUUUGAGGGAAAGCUACAGCACUAAAGGUUACACAUUUUAUACUAAGAGUAGAUAACAUGAUGGGCAAAGUUGAAAGAUUGCACUUUAAACAUUUAACACAAACUAUUCAAACCAGCAGUUGCUAUAGUUACUGUGGUAGCAUCUGCAAACCCAUAGGACAUCUUAAGUAGGCAGAUCAGACCAUUUCUCUUUCUAAAAUGUGACUCAUUUACAAGAACCAGAUCCACUCUUCUUAAUAAGUAAAGGAACUUGCAAGAUGUGUGACCUUAUAGUAGAAUAACACAAAUUCCUAACUAAAAUAUUAAUGCAGAGCAGUGAUUCUUUAAAUAUAGAAUGAGUCCAUAUGGGUACAGGGCAUCUUGGAGGGAUGGUGGUGCAAAGAUAAUAUCAUGAGCCCUGUGGUGCCUGCCUUCCUAUGUUGUCCAACUCCUUGUCUAUAUUGGAUCUCUGGGAUAACUUUCUUUCUACCUCUAUCUUCCAACCUGAUAGAGAAGAGGAGCUGUUUGUUCUCUUCUAAUGAUACUGCUCUGUAUGGCUUUAGAUAGUUAAUGCCUUGCACUUCUUUAGCGCAGGUGAUAUAUAUACAUGGCAGCUUUAGGAUAUAGUUGCACCACUGUAUUCAAGAUGUUCUGGACUUUCACCUGCAGAGCUGAUGGUUAACUUGCCACCCCCCUUCUAUGUGUAUCUUUACUUUUUGCCCUCCCCAACCCAGUAUUAGCGAACUUUGAAAAAACACUGAGCUGACGUCUAGUAACCCUGUUACUGUUGGAAGAUGUUUCGUGAGAUGUUUCUUUGAAGACCAUAUUUUUCCAUGUAUAAGAUGCUCCCAUGUAUAAGACGACCCCUAUUUCUUUUUAACUCAAAUUUAAUAAAUUAAGUUGUUUAGCUUUUGGGGGCGGGGUGGGAGGUCACUGCUGCCAAUCGCUCACCCGCCUGCCCGCCACUGAUGAUCUCUUGCAACAGCCACAUCCGAUCGCACACCUCGCUGCAGCCGCCAAUUGUCUGCCCACUCGCCGCCACCAACAGCCCACCUGCCCACUUGCCGCAGCCACAGCCAAUCAGCAGCAGGCCUUGCCGCAGCCACCAAUCACCCGCCCAAUUGCCACUGCCAAUCUCCUGCUUGCUGCUGCCAUUAAUCACAUGUCCCCCCUCUGCAUUCACUAUCCGUGUAUAAGAUGACGCCCAAUUUUUGCCUAAUAUUUUUUAAUAGCAAAAAGCGUCAUACACGGAAAAAUAUGGUACUUCUCUUGGGGAGGCCAGCGUGAGGAAAUGAAACUGUAUUAAUUACACCAAAGCAGGCAGAGUUACUUAAGUUGCAAAACCCCAGUUGGGCAUAGAGUUAGACAGUAAAUCUUAACAUAGUUGAAGGCAUUGGGAAAAGGGAAGAAGAAUCUUGCUGGAGGCUUUUAGUUUGUAAAACUCUGAAAUACUGGAAACCUAUGUAAUUUCAUUGUUCAGACUGUGAGUUCUGGUGCUUAUGCAGCCAAAGUGGCACUGCCCAAGCAACAAGAGGGAGGUAUUAGCAGUCUCGGGAACUUCAAAAUUUGCAGAAGUGAAUUGUAUCUUUAGAAAAUCCCUAAGGAGAAUGUCCAGAACAGCCCAGUGCAGACUGAGCAUGCUCAGUGAGCAUAGAAUGUUGACAAACUCCAGUGGGGGUGGGGGAGGAUGGAAUGCAGUGGUUGGAAUUCUGAAUACCAGCGAUGGACUUUGCAGAAUUUGGUUGCAGAUCUCACUUGUAUCUGGUGAAAUUCCAUGGUAUAGACUUUUCUAAUAAGGUUCAAACAGAAUAGUUUGGACUACUGGAAUUAAAAAUCAAUGGGCAUAUUAGUGUGUGCUGGUUCCUAUAACUUCAGUUGUAAAUAUAAAGGUAAUAUUUUCCAUAUCACCAACAUAGUACAUUUGCUAGACAACUGCUACUUCAUUAAUAGUAUCAAGAUUCCCACCCCUUUUCGUGGGGUAAAACAGUAUCUACAUCUGCUUCCUUUGGGGCAACAUCAGGUUCAGUUAAUAUUAUUUUCUCUAGUAGGCAGUCAUUUCUCUUUUUGGAAUUGCUGUAUCUUCUCUGAAACUGUUCAGGUUUUUUUGGGGGGGGGGUGUUUUCUGGAACUGUAAGUGCAACAAUCUCAGAAGUGGAGUCUGUAUAAUUAGCCACAGGCUGGCUUGAUCUGAGCAUUCUCUUGGUGGCACUCAUGAUACUGUAUGGGUACUCCUAAAAUCUGUUGACACUUGGCUUGUAUCCAGACAUAAGCUAUAGAUUUGCCAAUAAAACCAUGUAAUGCACCUUGUGAUGACCAAAGAAAAUCCAAAGACCACCCCGUCACUGUCAGUGACAGUGGCCCCAUUGACACACCACAGUAAACCUUUUGUUAGCUGUUCACUAUGCAUGUGCCUAAAAGGGCUCUUUUGCUCCUCCCCACUCACACUGGGAAGGAAACAAAGCAUGAUCCCCGGCUUAGCAUUUCCACCCAGAUUGUUUUGUACCCAACAAACCAUGAACUGUAGCCAAUGUUUGCUCUUGGCUUUACUGAUCAGGGUUUGUUGGGUGCAAAACAAUCCACUAUCCAUGUUUCGGGUAUAAAUGCUAAGUCAACGGAUCACGUUUUGUUUCCUCCCAGCAUAAGGUGAGAGGGGCAAAGAUUUUGCUCAUGCAUUGUAAGACAUUGGUUUUCGAGGUACCAUGAAGUGCACAUGCAACCAUUAAUUUGUGCAUUUGUUAUUGUUUAAGCUGAGCUGCAAGUUGUGUUUCUAUGCUGAUUUUAUUAUUGUAAAUCUUGUAUCACCAUUGUUGAGUGGUGAUGUUGGAACUGGUGCCAAAGCACAUAUAAAAAGGUUGUCCUGUGUGUUGCCAUAGAGCACAUAACUCUGGAGUAAGUUAGCAUGGUAUUAAAGCAUAUGGCAAGCCCCCCAACUUAAUUCAUUUAUUAACAUGUUAAUACUUUUUUCACUUUAUGAUUUUCUUUCUGGUUAGAGGUAUGCAGUCUUCCAUUGCCCCCCACCCCUAUUCUAUCACUGAAUCAUCUGCUUUUUCUUGGCAAACUUUCUCAAGACUCUUUGCAGUAGCAUCAGCAGCAGAAUUAUUAGGACUGAUGGGCUUGCUAGAUAAUAUGCAGUCACUUCCCCAAAAUGCUUUUCAGUUGAGCCGAUUGAAUGCAGGCAAGAUGAAAGUAAUCAACAUGCCUUUAAGUUAACUUCAGUCUUGGAGACUCGGGACCCUUUGUAUGUUGGUUUAGUGUUAUAGCAAUCAGGCCCCAUGACUGUGAGCUGGUUCAUAUGUAAAGCUAGAGCCAGGAUACAAUUCAACAAAAUAGGUUCUUAACUUCAAAACUAUUAACGGAGAUAGGAUCUUACAGGUUGAAGAAUCAAGCUUAUUUUCCAUCCCUUAUAUUCUACAACUUCGGCAUAAAUUUAUAUUCCCAGAGUAGCUAAGUAGUAAAGCAGUAGGAAUCUGAAAUAAAAAUGGCUGUCUUAAUAGCUAAUGCUGCUGAUUUGUAGCACAUGAUUGAAGUAGAUGCAUUAGUAUGUAAAAUGCCAUAUGUACACAUGCCUUAGCUAUCAUUAGCUAUAGUUGGUGUGUGCUAUUAGCCCAGGAAAUCUGUCUUUUGGCUGCAUUCUCUAAUGCGCUGUAGAAUGUAUUUUUUGGUAAUACCUCCCAUUAAUAUGAAAAGUAUGGAUCUGGUGGUAGUGGUUCUGCAAGAGGAAAAAUGUAAUACCAAGUUGUGAGAGCAGCCCAAGCAAGUCCCUUCACUUAACCAUUGCUUCCUCUUAUUGUUGCUCUGUUUUUUCAGUGGUGAGUGUUUUCACUUGUUAAAUAUCACCUGCAUGUGGCAGGUCUCUUUGCAUUUCGGCAUACCGUAAUGGAAGAAACUCAGGAGCUUCUAGGUUUUAGUCCACAGAGGCAAGUAAUUUAUCUUGAAGGAAUUAAAAACCUGUGGUCUUCCAGGUGUUGCUGGACCCCAGCUCCACAGUUGGCCAUAGCCAGGAAGGCCCAAUGGUCAGGGAGGGAUAACGGGACAGCUGCCACCUGCUAUAAGGUGCUGAGAAGCACUUGAAAUGGAUAUCUAUAAAUGAGAACUUGAGUGUUCCUUUUUAUUCAGGAAAAACAAAUUCAGUAGCAAGCCCAAGUCUCUUAUAUGAAAAAGUCUCCAUUUGCUGGUUUGAUAUGAAACACCCAGUACUAUUUUCCUAGAAAAAGAGGUGCUGGAACUCACCAUCAAUGCCUCCCUUGUUUUUGUAUAAUGCCAAUGGCACCCACCUGAGAGGGACCGGACCUGAAUUCCAGUGAGUUCUGGCUGAAAGAAAGACCUAAACAUACCUAUGUCAAAGUUGGUCCGUUAAACAUUUAAUCUAUGUUAAACAGAUGUAUGAACUUGGGUAGAUGAAUAGAUGAAACGCUGCUCUUCGUGAUUUAUUUUUUAAAAAACUUGGGAUUAAUUCCCAACUUGCAUGCAUUCUUUAUAUUAUGUUGAAGUGGUGGGGGGACGCAGGUUGCGCUGUGGUCUAAACCACUGAGCCUCUUUGGCUUGCCAGUCCAAAGGUCAGUGGUUCAAAUCCGUGUGAUGGGGUGAGCUCCUGUUGCUCUGUCCCAGCUUCUGCCAACCUAGAAGUUUGAAAGCAUACCAUUGUGAGUAGAUAGGUACGGCUGCGGCAGGAAGGUAAAACGGUGUUUCCGUGCGCUCUGGUUUCUGUCACGGUGUUCCAUUGCGCCAGAAGGGGUUUAGCCAUGCUGGCCACAUGACAUGGAAAAGCUGUCUGUGGAUGAACGCUGGCUCCCUCAGUCUGAAAAAUAAGAUGAGCGCUGCACCACAUAGUCACCUUUGACUGGACUUAACUGUUCAGGGGUCCUUUACAUUUUACCUUUACUUAUGUGGAAGUGAUAGAAAAUGCAUGAUGAUUGAAGUUGUCUUUACUAGCAGUUAGAGCUGAACAGCACUGAGAAACCUACUGAAUAUAAACUCAUUUUCAUUUGGCUUUGCUUUGUGCUUCAGUAUACAACAACAAGUUUAAGAUCUGAAGCACUGAGUCAUUUGAUGAGAGCUUACAGAGGAAAGCAUACUGCUAUUGGUGCUUUCAUCUAUUUUGUGAGGGGAGGGGGGGGAAGCUCUUAUUUUUAUUGAUCCAAGUUUGGUAUAAUUUCUUUACUUAUUCUGUGUGUUCUGUAUAUGUUUUCCUAAACACAUGGAUGUUUGUUGCAAUUGUUGCUACAAAUCCUAAGCAUAUGCAAAGAUUUGGUUUCAGUUCAAAUUCCAUUACAGUAUUAGUCAUUGUUCUGCCUCCUAACCCAUGUUUAGGGUUCUAAACGGCCUCUCCAAGCAACAUAAUUGCCAGCAAACUACCUGUACUCGAUUUAUGCUUGCCUGAUAACCCUAUUAUGCCAUUCUAUCUGUCUUGUUUUCUGAGGUGUAGGUUCUUGGAGAGGUUUGAUCAUGCUUGGCUCAUUAGUUCACAGCUGUCAGCAUUUGCUAUUGCUAGCAUUUAAUUCAAGUGUGCUUCAGGGGUCAAACAUAUAUAAAGACUGUUGAGCCACUCCGCCACACUGAGUUUCUGAAAUCAUAGUUUUGAGAAUCACCUUCACUUUUUCAAUCUGAAUGCUAAGUUAGGUGAUGUACUUAAAAGUGGAGUUCUGCAAGUAUCCCUUUGUAUUUUAAUGGUCUAGAGAUGGCAGGCUUUCCAAUGCUUAUUUUAAAGAGGAAGAUAAAAUUAAGCAGUUUCCUUUGUGCACUGUUACGGAGAUGACAACAUUCUCCUUGCUCAGUUGGAUACUACAUGUUUCACUUUUGGUGUUCUUCUCGUUCUAGCUUGUGUUGGAGAAUUUGAUUUUUGUCUGUCUGGUUCUUGCCAAAAGGAUGUGUAUUGAUUGCCAUCCUUUUUAUAUAACCCUAAGAACUGGAGUUGGCAUGUUUACUUUGCAGUCUUCUUCAAUGAGUUCUGCAGUGCUACAGCUACAUGGAUUAUUAAAGCCUAGUUGCACACAACUACACAUUUGUUCAUUGACAAAAAAUGAUGUUGUGUGUGCCGUUAUUAACCAGCUGUCUUCAACAACUAUGAGUGACUGGAUGGCUGGAAUACAGUCACAGUGCUAGCAAUCAGAGCAGUGCACACACGGAUGCCAUUCCUGCUAUAUAUAGGUCUUCAGGGAUUGUUCUGUCUACCCACCAGAAAUCUUUCUGGACUGAUCUGUGCUCACAACUGUCCAGUUGGGGUGCUGCUGGGACACCAGCCAAAGCUGGUAGAAGGCACUCUGUGCUACUGAGGUCACCUGAACCUUAAGGGACAUCAGUUGGAUCUGUUCACUCCAAUCUUUGACCUGGUCAACUUAAAACUGUAGACCUUUGUUAGCUAGUAUGAGCACUAUUAGCAAGAUCUAGUAAUAGAUAAGUCUGGAAAGAAUAUAUAUAUUAAGGCUGAACUUCUAGACACAUGUUUUGCUGGUUUGGUGGGAUUUCCUGAUUCCCUCUCCUCUUUUUGCCAAGACUGGCAACAAUGACUGUUUAUAAUUAGCAAAUUGUUGGGCCACUGAUUACAUAAUACUAUUCUACAUAAAAUAUGGUACCUGGAAUGCAUAGUCAUUUCUUUGUUCUGGAAGACCAGGAUUCAUAUCCCAUGUCUACAGUGGACUUGGAGUGACCUGCUUCCUGUGGUCAGUGAAGUAGGAACAAAACAAAUGUAUUGGAAGUAAAACAAGCUUCUUAAAUAUGAGUAGUUCAAACUUCAAAAGUUGCUUCUUCUAGAUAUAUAUACUUCAGAUGGUAUUUGGAUCAGUUCCAUGAACUCUGAGUAGUAAUAGCCUAGUUCUUUGAUCUUAACAGCUGUUUGACAAAGGCUUGUCUUGUCAGUGGUGCAGAGUGACCUGAUACUCAAAUUAGACAUGUCAUGUAGGUCAAAGAGGAUUCAUUAUUACUUUGGCCUAACUGCAUCAUACUUCAGACUCAGCAUUGUGUUUAUUUAGCUGACAAGAAGAUCAAAUACCAAUCCAGAAAAACAAUUUUGUUAACUUCUGUGCAUGUUCUCUUUGCAGAUUUUGUUUCUGCUGCUCUUUGUCUCUCUCCCAUUUCUGUUAAAGGAGAAGAAGAAGAAAAGCCAAUAAUAUUGCAGCUGCCAUCCGCAAGGCACUUAAUUCAGAUUAGUUGCACUGUAUAUGUUGGGUUGUUUCUGAAAUAAGUGGUUUGAGGAUUGUAGUCUCCAUUACAUUCCCCAUGGCACAGACACCAUCUGUUCCAUUUGCUUCUUGUGGCGGCUUGAGCAUAAUACAUGGAUUGCAGCUCUUUUUUUCUUAUCUUGAGCUUCUAGUGAAGAAUACAUUGUUUAGUUACUAGUCCUUAUUCAUAGUAUACUUUCUUCAAUUUGUUGGUGAGUAAAAAUCUUCUUGGUCUCCUAGCUAGAAAGAAUGAAAGGUUUAAAAGGAUGUUGACAUUCGUGGUUGGAGAUGGGACACCAUGUAACCUCUUAGUUUCUAAGAGCACUUAAAUAAACAACUUUUGUGUUUUUGCUCUUGCAUGCUAUGGCAGAACCCCAGUGGAACUGCUAAUGUGAUCCCUGGAGGAUUAAUAAACAUCAAAGCAGGAAAUGUUUACUAGAUGCUUUAGAAGUUUUGCAUGUUGAAACUCUUGGUUAAAAGCACAUUUGGUCAGUGAUGAAGCCUUAGUUUACUAAUUUGGAAUGACUUGAAUGACUUAAAAAGUGGGAUACUAAUAUACAGUACAUACAGGGAAUUUUUGAAAAGCCUUCUAUCCAUGGGAAUGGUGGCAGCAGUGGUUACUUGAGCAAUAUCUUGUUAUAAACUAAGGUUGUUAUCCAUAGAACUGGGGGAAGUCCUAUAGUCAUAAUAGCUUCUCUCUGUGUUCUCGGCAAGCGAUGGAAUCUGUGGUUCAACGCCAACCGCUGUGUGCUUGACAACAAUUUCUAAUUAGGUCUAGUACAAAACCAUUGUAAUGGCUAUUUAGGUUAUUUUCACUCUGUCUUGCAACUUAAAAAAAAAUCCUCAGGGUACCUUAUGAAAUACAAUAUACACAACACAGAUCUGUGCUGCUUUCUUCUCCUGCAAACAGUGAGGGGUGGACCCAGGUGGGAAGUUGGUUCCAGGCAGGGUGACUGCCACUGUGGGAAGCUAUAAACCAUGGUUUUCCCUAAGCUCCAUCACCAGAGGCUGCUUCCUUUCUUUUCCUCCUCUUCACCUGCCCCCCUCCCAGCAUUCUAGUCCACAAAGACAUUUCUGAACAUGGGGGUUGGGGGGGGGCGGGUCUUGGAUAGACACUGCACUGGAUUGCUUCCAGUCUUGUAACUCUCUCUAGCCAUAUUAACACAGCUUUGUUAAUAUACACCCAAAGAUGGCUAACCUGUGGCCCUCUAGAUGGUGUUAGACUAUAAUUCCUAUUACCCUGGCCCACUGACUCUGCUGGGCCACAGGAAGCUGGUGUCCCAACGGCAUUCAGAGAGCCACAGGCUAACUGCUAAUUUGGAACGACAUUUACAAGCAGGAGUAAGCCACAGCAAGCCUUGAACUUGUAUACUUCCAUUCUCCGUAUCCUCCAGGAAGAGGCGUUUGGAUGAUUCAGUGUUAACCAUGGUUAAGAUGAACCCCCACAAGUAAACUUGUGGUUUGUCUGGAGUGAGAUACCACAGGGUCAAGGUCUGGACACUAAAGCCAAACCAUGACUUAUCUCCUGGCCGCAUGGCGACGGCAGCAGUAACGAAGCAGCUGUGAUUUUUGCCCCAAUCAUGUUUCACUCUUGCUUGCUCACACUUCGCCGUGGUUUGAAUUGUCCAGUGAAACUCAGCAGAAUUCACUUCCAAGGUUUUGAUCAUCUUCACAAAUCAUCACCUGAACUGUCACUUAUGUCAGUUUAUAUUUUGUAUUUUAGAGUUACACCCUACAUUGACAAUUGUAUAUGGGGUUGAAACACAGAUAGCUAAGAGCGUAUAAAAGAUAAUAGUUAAAAAGUAAUUAAACUACAGUGGUGCCUCGCUUAACGAAUGCCCUGCUUAACGAAAUUUCCGCUUAACGAAAGGAUUUUUCGAGCGGAGCUUGCCUCGCUAGAUGAAUGCGUUUUACGAAAAAUUCAUCUAGUGAAUCGCGGUUUCCCAUAGGAAUGCAUUGAAAUUCAAUUAAUGCGUUCCUAUGGGCAAAAAAAAAGUCGAAAAAAACCCAGUGCAUUCCUAUGGGAUUCGCUAGACGAAUAUUUCGCUAUAAGAAAAGACCCGUGGAACGAAUUAAUUUCGUCUAGCGAGGCACCACUGUAUAAUAGAAUUAAAACAACCUAAAAACAAAUCUGUUGAAAUGCAGGCAGUAAAAACAACAAUUGCACAGUACUAUUAAAAGCCCUUUCCUUAAAAGGAGUCAAUUCCCCAAAAGGACAACAAGAAGGGAGCCAGACUAGCCUCUCCAUUAAGAGAAUUCCAAAGUCUGGGAGUAGACACUGCGAAGGCCCUACUAAAUGUGCCUACAAGGGUGACGGGACUGAGAGAAGGUCCUCACCCAAAGAUCUCAGACCCUGUGGUAGGCUCAUAAGGGAGAAUAUGGUCUUUCAGAUAGCCUGGGCCUAAGCCAUAUGGAAAUAGAAUUGCUGACCACAAGAUGUACCAUAUAUUCCUGCGUAUAAGACAACUGGGCGUAUAAGACAACCCCCAACUUUUCCAGUUAAAAUAUAGAGUUUGGGAUAUACUGUACUCGCCGUAUAAGAAAUGUGACCCAGCGUGUAAGACAACCCCCGACUUUUGAGAAUAUUUUCCUGGAGUCUUAUACGCAGGAAUAUACUGUAGCAAUGGCCAACCCAUUAGAUGGUGGAUGGGAGAGACUGGUGGUAGAGGUGUGUGGAAACCUCUGGCUUGUAAUGUCUACUGAAUGUAGCCUACUGUACAAAGUUAUGAGUUGCAUCUGUUGCUGUCCUCACUUUUGCCUCUGGCCUUGCCAACUUGCCUCUGGGGGCACCCACCACUGUCAUGUGACACACACCCAACUAUUGCUUGUGCAUGAAUUCAACCCUUGGGCUGGAAAAUGCUCCCAACCCCUUGUAUUGAAAAGCAAAGACAAUGUGUGUGUGAGUGCGCGCGCGCAUGUACACAUGCACUCUUCUUGGAACCAGACUGUAAUUUGCUUGUUUUAAAAAUGAGGAGUUACACUUCCCUACAAAGGACAGUCAGAUUAACUAUAGCUAUUAUAGAUCUGUUAGAUGUCUUGCACGAACUGCUAGGCCUGCUCUGACUUUGAAGUAGAAAUAAGAUUUCCCUUGCUCAGUGUGCAUUUGCUUAAUACAAAGGGCUCAGGGCAACAAUAAAUGUUACAGUCUUCUCAUCCUAGAAGCUAUGUUCUGAAUUUUACAAAAUAGGGUUUACUUAACAUCUGGACAUAUGUUAUCUAAACAUGGAAAAACUUUCCAGACAGUAUGCCCAAAUUAGAUCCUCGAACAGCUGGAGAGUGGUUGCAUCUGGAUGCCUCAAAAGAUUUUAGAUUGAAGUAAGAACACAGAUUUAGCAUUUUGGCACACUUCAGAUAGCUUGGAUUCUAAAAGGGAUCCCAAAGCAUGUGAACUGUAAAUUUUUGAAUACAGUUCAUAGAACUUACUUUGUACACUAAUAGUUAUUAUGGUAUGUUACAGUUCUUAAUUUAUCACACAUGCAGACUACAUUCACCCUUUUCUGGUGUAUCAUCCUCAGAUGCUGCUGUGGUUCUUGUGGGCAAUGGAGACCUGAAAAUGUUUACCAGAUCAAUGAACUAAGCCAUGUUCAGAUCCCUGUUAUGUUGAUGCCUGAUGACUUCAAAGCAUAUUCAAAGAUAAAAGUGGACAAUCACCUUUUCAACAAAGAAAACAUGCCAAGCCAUUUCAAAUUCAAAGAAUAUUGUCCAAUGGUUUUUCGUAAUCUGCGAGAGAGGUUUGCAAUUGAUGAUCAGGAUUUUCAGAACUCUCUGACAAGAAGUUGUCCCCUUGCUAAUGAUUCCCAAGCUCGGAGUGGUGCCCGAUUUCACACCUCUUACGACAAAAGAUACGUCAUCAAAACCAUAACAAGUGAAGAUGUAGCAGAAAUGCACAAUAUACUGAAGAAAUAUCACCAGUUUAUAGUUGAGUGUCAUGGCAACACACUACUUCCUCAGUUUUUGGGAAUGUACCGGCUUACUGUUGAUGGAGUCGAAGUAUAUAUGAUUGUUACAAGGAAUGUAUUCAGCCACCGUUUAUCUGUUUAUAGAAAAUACGAUUUAAAGGGGUCUACAGUUGCAAGAGAAGCCAGCGACAAGGAAAAGGCCAAAGAACUGCCGACAUUCAAAGACAACGACUUCAUCAACGAUGGCCAGAAGAUUUAUAUUGAUGAAACGAACAAAAAGAUGUUCCUUGAAAAGCUUAAAAAGGAUGUUGAGUUCCUUGCUCAGUUGAAACUCAUGGACUACAGCUUGCUGGUUGGAAUUCAUGAUGUUGAGAGAGCAGAACAGGAGGAGGUUGAAUAUGAAGAGAACGAUGAAGAGGAAGGAGAAAGCGAUGGGGCUCAUCCUGUUGGAACGCCUCCAGAUAGCCCAGGAAAUACACUCAACAGCUUGCAGCCUUUAGCUCCAGGAGAAUUCGAUCCAACCAUUGAUGUUUAUGGAAUAAAAUGCCAUGAAAAUGCACCCAGGAAGGAGGUAUACUUUAUGGCAAUCAUUGAUAUUCUUACUCAUUACGAUGCAAAAAAGAAAGCUGCCCAUGCUGCAAAAACCGUCAAACACGGCGCUGGUGCAGAGAUUUCAACGGUGAAUCCCGAACAGUAUUCAAAGCGGUUCUUGGACUUUAUUGCCAACAUCUUGACGUAACCUAAUGUUCCAUUGGACAGAUACAAGAUCUGGGAACAGCAGCAAUGUCUACAAGUGUGUAAGGGAUAAAAAAGCUUCUUUUAAAAGGAACUCUCAAAGUGCUAUCUUGCAGAAGGCAGCCCCCUUGUUUACAUCUGCUGGCAAAGAUGACUGACUGGGGUGAAAUACUCGCUUUAACAGCUGCCUGAUUUAUGCCCAGCAUAGUUCUAGCUAUUUCUGAUGCGUGUGUGCGUGCGUGUGAGUGUGUGCAGAAACAAAUAUAAAUUAACUAAUAAUAACUAAAAUAGAUCAGCUUCUUACUCGGUGUGCAUUGCAACAACACUCCGUGAAUACUAGCUGAGAUGGAAUGAAUGGUUAAAGGUGGGUGGGGAGGAAGGCAUUAUAUGCAUGUUAAGUUCUACAAUAUUGGUGUCGAAACUAAACUGUGGAUCAGUUUAUGUUUUGAGCUGAGAGGUGCAAGACAGUAUUUGGUGGUGAUGAUGACGACUAUGAUCUUUCUGCAAAUGUUACACUUAACUACCCUGCUUGUUGGCACUCUUUGAAAAUAGAAACAUCAUAAGCUCCGUAUGCCGGAAGCUUUCCUGUUGGCACCUUUUUCAUUUAAUUAAAUUGGCCCAUUGCAACAGGAAAUAAGUCUUCCAGCAGUUCAGAGGUUUGGCUCUUGUUUUACCAAAAUCUAAUGUCAUAAUCAUGCUGUUCUUUGCCAAGGGUAGACAUAUUUUGAGGGAGGUGGAGCAGGAACAUUAAGACUGUUUAAUUGUCAUGUUACAUGAAGAUUUUACACUGUAUGUUUACCAUAUAGGAGCUGAGUGUACUACAAAGGAAAUCAAUGACGCUUUUUUGGAAGAAAUUAAUCAUUUUGGGCAAUAAUAGCAUUUUCCACCACAUGAACAAAGGAAUAGGAAAGUCUGUUCACUGUAACUGAUCAAAACCGAAACAUUUAAAUGCUUACAUUGUGCUGUUUUUAAUAUUUUAUUAAAAUAUUCUUUUUUUUAAGCCCUAAAUUUUACUGUUUACAUUAAUAGGAAAACAGGGAUGCUUUGAGUAUGUCACAGUAUGUGAAUCUAAAGUUUACAUGUAAAGUUAUUUUGCAGUACGGAUGAGGUAAUUUCUUGAAGUAUAAUAUGCAGUAAUGUACCCAAGUAGAUAUUCAAUUCACCUCCAUGAUAGAAAAUAUUUUUGCAAUCAAUGGUGACAGGUUGUUUUGAGGUUAUUUUAUAUGGCAUUUUUAUUACCUAAUUAGCUCUGUUGCUCCAAACGAUGCUGUGUUAACUGAUUUGCCUAAAAUUAUGUUGUCGCCUAUAACCUGUUUUGAAAAACCUCAGAUCACCCGGGGGGGGGGGGAGGUUCCAAACUUUGAGGACGACAGAAUUAGAUAUGCUUAAAACUACUAUUCUCUACUUAAUACACUGUGCUAAAAUUGUGCCUUUAAAAAAUUAUAUGUUGAAACAGACAUUCAUGGGCAACUCAAAAAAUAAACCACACUCUCUCUCCCACUCUGCAACGUAAAUGCCAGGUUGCCUUUUUCACUUACUUAAUGCCAGUUCUGUUAAGGUUGCAGCUGAGCAUAAAUAUGUAUAAAUUGGCUUCAGACAACUCUGAUAAAAGAUAAGCUGAUCUUGCUCUCAUGCAGCCAAAGGCAAUAUAUCCUUAUUACACUGUACAAUAUUUCAACAGAGCUGUGAUCAUAGAAUUAGAAGGGACUGCAAGACCAACCCCCUGAAAUGCAGGAAUCUUUUGCCCAACAUAGGAUUUGACCCCCCCAAAACCCUGAGAUUAAGAGUCUCAUUGCUCUACCAACUGAACUAUCCCAGACUGUGUUACCUUUUAAAAAAAUGUAUCUAGUUCGGUUUUAUUUUCCCACCAAAGAUAAUGAAACUUAAAGUGUGAUGGGAUUCUCUGUUAUUGAAAGCAAUCACCUUCACCCUUGCUUUUAACCCACAACAUUCUUGGACACUUUAAAAGGCCCUGUUUCUAUGUGAAAACAGAUGGAUGUUGAGAUUUACACUGGCAUUUUAAGGCCCUCCAUCCACAAUAAGUUAACCCAAAUUGCUGAUCCUUAUUGGCAGUGAGUCUCUUGCAACUCUCCCGGGGGGGGGGUCCAUAACUAAGUUUUGGAACACCCACUCUGCACACAAAAGGUCCUCAGUCCAAUCCCUACCAUCUCUGGGAAAGAUGUCUGAAACCCUGGAGUGUGUCUACCAGUCAGUGUAGACAGUACUGAGCUAGAUGGACCAGUGGCCUGGCUCAAUAUAAGACAGCUUCCUAUGUUGCAUCUCAUCAGUGCUGUUGUCUCCUUUCCCUCCUGCUGUUUGGACAUACUUCCCAGCCAAGCUAUUAGUGACUGUGAGGCAAAAGGCCACAAGAGUUUCUCACCACCUGAGUUCUCCUUCCCCUUUGAUAUAUUUAUAAUGUUAAUGACCAACUUGUUACUAUAGUGGGGUAGGAGAGCUGAAAAUAAUGCCCAUAAGCCUCCUAGUGCAAAAUAUAUACAGCAAACUUUGUGUCCUGGGCUUUUUAGACUCAUCUACCCUGUGUACUAUCUGAUACCAAAGGGGCGCAUUGGUUGCCAAAUGUGACCUAUGUUGGAAUUAUUUUCAGCUCUUCUGCCCCACGACACUGUUGCUCAAUGCAGAUGACUGUACCCCCUCUUUAAAAGUCAGCUGUUGCAAAUCUGGGUGGUAAAUUUCUUUAGUAACCAUAGUUUGUCCAACAGCUUGGAAUAGCUGUAGCUUCUGUCUUACUGAGGCGCAUGAUACUCAUAACUGCAUUCUCUCCAGUUUGGGAUAGAUUACAAAAACACUUUUCAGGUUGAUGCAAGGAAUGGUUGUCAAGUCGUUGACAAGGGGUAGGUCAUGCACUUUCCACACACGCCCUACUACCCUUGAGAGACAUUACUUUGAACAAAUCUUUUGGGGGGUUCCAUUUUCUGUUUUGUGACGUAAUAGCCUCUGAAAUUCCCAGUCAUUGCAAACGUGCCCCCAAAUGGACGGUGCACCGUUGUAAGUUUAUAGAGCUCCACCUAGCUGAAAAGCCUAGGGAAAAUGCUUCACCAAAUAAAUGGCCAUCUCUUUUCUCACCUGAAUCUCUAUUGGUACGAUUGGAUGUAUUAUAUAUACUGUAUACUUGGGUGGACUGUCACAACAAAUGCUACCACCAGUGACUUUUCAGGAUUAUAAAUAAACUUAACUAAUUUCUACUGUGCCGCUA